AUGAAGUUCUCAAGAGCCACAACACUUAUCGCCUUGUGCGCAGUCUCCUGUCUGGUCAUCCUACCCUCAGUGGUUAACGCUCAACAUGGGACUAUAUCUGUUCCAGGUGUAAAACCAACGGCGGAGCCAGGCACCAAAACAACACCCGUGCCAACGACAUCAUCCACCCCGGCCCCCACUUCCAAGCCAAGUACCACACCUCCCGCCGCCACCACCACCGCCGCCACAACUACGACUCAUACAGCCGGCACCACUACUGCUCCUGCUGCUAAGCCUCCAACAACUUCAUUGGCCCCCGUCAUCCCCACUCCAAUUGCUCCCCCAGUUCCUACAGGCACCGGAGGAGUGAUAGGAGCAGCAUGUACCAACUCUGAUGCCUGCGGAGGAUUGUUAUGUGCGCUCACACCAGAUAGCCCUGCCGCAGGAACUUGUCAAGCUAUGCCCAGAAAUGUCUGCCGUGCUGACCCCGCGCAGAAUUGCACAACGAGUGCAGACUGCAAUACUGCCUACUCGUUCUGUAUGAACAAUAACGGAGCAAUGGUCUGCGUGGGCUUGGGUACUCCCUCAGCAGCCGACUACUGCCCUAACAAUACCAGCAACAACAACAGCGGCAGUGGAAGCCUGGCCCCUACAAUCAAGUACGCAGGAAUUGCUGUUGGAUGUGUUGCUGCCCUCGGUUUGCUCUUUGCCGGAGUCCGCUGGCAACGUCACCGCCAACGAUCCAAGGUCCCCGAGAACAUGUUUGGAGAGAUUGACUAUGGCAUGACUGACCGCAGUGCCCCCAAGAGCGCCGAACAAACUUAUCCCUUCUCAAGCCGUCCCCAUGCCCACGGAAGCGACCACGCUCCCUCGCCUCCUCACGACAACGGAUACGAUAACCAGUACUACGACGACGGAUAUCAGAAGGACCAGUAUUACGGCAACGACCAGUACAACAACAACAGUCAGUACUACGGAAACCAGCAGGACAACUAUGGCUACGAUCACCACAGUGGCCACGGCGGUCAGGGUGGAGGGUUCUACGACAACGUGGACUACCCCCAGAAUGGCGGUCAUCACUCCCCGAUCGCAUCGCCUGCUGCUGCUGUCAGGUCGCCCCGGCAGAACAACUUUGCCGCCGAGCCCUCCGAGCUGGACUAUGGCGGCGGCAAUGGCGGAUAUGGCCACGGCGGUCAUGGUGGUCAAGGCGGUCAAGGUGGUCAAGGUGGAUACUACUAG